CCUCAGAAACUAGUUUAGUUCUGUUGUUGUAGUAUCAUCAUCAUCAGAAGCUUUUUUAAGUUUGGUCUGAAAUCGAAAUCGAGAUCGAGAUGCGUUCGUUAAAGUUGUUGCUUUGUUGGAUCUCGUUCCUAACUCUAUCAAUCUCACUCUCUGCUUCUUCGGAUGAUGAAUUCACCAUCGACGGAACAGUACUAGAACUCACCGAUUCAAAUUUUGACUCGGCGAUUUCAUCUUUCGAUUGUAUCUUUGUUGAUUUCUAUGCUCCUUGGUGUGGUCACUGCAAACGUCUUAACCCUGAGUUAGAUGCAGCUGCUCCAAUUCUUGCGAAGUUGAAGAAGCCUAUCGUCAUUGCUAAGUUGAAUGCUGAUAAGUAUUCUCGUCUCGCACGGAAGCAUGAGAUUGAUGCAUUCCCGACUCUCAUGCUCUAUAACCAUGGAGUUCCAAUGGAGUACUAUGGACCAAGGAAAGCAGAUUUGCUCGUCCGGUACUUGAAAAAGUUUGUUGCUCCAGAUGUUGCAGUUCUUGAGUCAGACUCAGCUGUCAAGGAAUUUGUUGAAGAUGCUGGGACUUUCUUCCCUGUAUUUAUCGGUUUUGGUUUGAAUGAAUCGUUGAUAUCAGGAUUAGGUGGUAAGUAUAAGAAGAAGGCAUGGUUUGCUGUUGCAAAAGAUGCUUCAGAAGAUGUAAUGGUUUCUUAUGAUUUCGAUAAGGCUCCUGCGUUAGUUGCCAAACAUCCAACGUAUAAUGAACAUAGCGUCUUCUAUGGUCCUUUUGAAGAUGGAUUCUUGGAGGAGUUUGUGAAACAAAGUUUCCUUCCUUUGAUUCUACCAAUUAACCAGGACACUUUGAAGAUGCUCAAGGACGAUGAGAGAAAGAUUGUCUUGACAAUUGUGGAAGAUGAAACUCAUGAAAGCUUAGGGAAACUGACCAAAGCACUGAGAGCAGCUGCACAUGCGAACCGUGACCUUGUUUUUGGAUAUGUCGGUGUGGAGCAGUUUGAAGAGUUUGCAGACUCGUUUCAUGCAGACAAGAAGACAAAUCUGCCUAAGAUUGUUGUAUGGGACGGGGAUGAGGAGUAUGAUCAGGUGACCGGCAUAGAGACCAUUAGCCAAGAGGAAGAUCAUUUAACUCAAGUGUCUCGGUUUCUUGAGGGAUAUAGAGAAGGAAGAACAGAGAGGAAGAAAAUCAAAGGACCUUCGUUGAUGGGAUUUAUCAACUCAAUGAUCGGUAUUAGGUCAGUGUACGUCAUUGUGUUCUUUGUUGCCAUCAUUAUGAUGCUACGGAGCCUUGGUCAAGUGGACGAGCCUGAUAGGGUCAGGACCACCACAGCAGAAAGAGUUGAUCAGACCACUAGUGUCCCUGAAGGUGAAACCAGUGAGCAUAUGGCUAGUGACAAAAAAGAGGACUAGUCUUUUUGUUUUGCUUUCUGAGUUAUGUUUCACACUUAUUUCUUUUUAGUUCAUGAAUCAUUUUGGCUCUCUAAUUCCCAUAUGCAUUAUACCAAUCAA